UCCGCCUCACGGUAAACAGCCCAUGCAGCCCGUUCCGAGCACCGAUAUCUGACAUCGUCCGUGCGGGUCGGAGCACCGCGGGGUUUUAGUGCAGCAAAUACAAGGAAGCUUUCUGCGUUUUCCCCGACAUGAGCAGGGCGUGAAGGUGCUGGCAGCGAGGCCGGAGCCCCCUCACCUGUCUGCAGGAGAUGAUGGAGCCCAGCGAGCAGCUCUCUCCGCUCCGCAUCAGCCCGACCGUGCGGGCGCUCAGCGCCGCGCUGCGGGGCAAGAGAGAGCUCGGCCACGGCGACAGGGCUUUCCCCGACCCGGAGAAGCUCUGGUUCAAGGAGAGCAGCGCUAAAAACCUGCGGAACAGGGACUUUCUGUCGCCGACCACGAUGCUCAACACGCUGUACGCAGACGGACAGGUUCCUCCAGCUGUGAUGUCCAGAGUCCUGUCCCUCCGUGGCUCAGGGGUGCUGCCGGUGGCAGGCGGCGAGGUGAUGGGUGAAGGGUUGAGGGUGCGGGUGGACCGGCCUGCAGCUUUCAGAGCCGUACUGGCGGGUGGAAUCACAGAGUACCUAAAGCCCUCGAGCAGGAGAGACGGCUGUGUGGUGCUCAACUGUCCUGCCUUGCACGCCAAACCCAGCACACCUACUCCUGAAACGCUGAGCCUGGGCCAGCUGAGGACUGUUCUGCUGGCCGACCACAUGGGGGCGCUGCUGAGGAGACAGGGAUUUGAAGUCUUCUAUUGCCCCACGGUUCCCGAAGACAGUGACAUCAUCACCUUCCUGCGGGCCAUUGGAGUGGAUUGGCCGACAGCUCCCGCUAAUUGCACCAGUGAGGAGCAGGAGGAGAAGGUUUUCAAGGCACUGGAGAGCUCGUCAUACAGAGAGAGGGGAACGGAGAGGGGCAGGAGGACCAGCGGAGGGGGAGGGAAGAAGACAGAGGAUGGGGAGAGUGAGGAUGUGUUCCGGAUCAACCUGAAGCGGGUUUUCCAAGAGGAAGGACUGCUGGGAUACGACCCCAGCCUUGGCACCUGCACAGUUCACAGAGACAGCGUUUCCCAGCUGGCGCAGUUGGACUUGUCCACAGCAGGCUGCACUGUAGCCAUGGCAACGGUGUUACAUGUGACGUCCUGUCAGGACGAGUUCCGCCAGCAGCAGAUGGCGAUGCUCUGGCGAGCCAGCGGGGCGACACACACCCAGAGACAUCUCGUGUGCGGGCCGGUGAAGACUCCCGGCUCCAGCCUCACCGCUGCACAGUACCUGCAGCUGAGAAGAGGUCAGAUGAAAGAGGCCUCAGAGAUGAAGUACGGAGAUCAAGUAGAGGGGCAAAUAUGGGAUGACAUCAUCAAGGUCAUGACCUCUGCUACAGUCAGAUUUGAGCUGUUGUCAACGGUCCACUCUAGUCCCGUGACGCUGGACGUCCAGAGGGAAGGCGGCGUGUCCACCAAAGGGCCGCGAGGAGGAGUGUUUGUGAUGUACAACUGCGCCAGGCUGCACACUCUCUUCGACAGCUACGAGAGAGGAGUUGAGAAGGGUUUGUACCCAGAAAUUCCUGAAGGUUCCCAGCUGGACUUUUCAGCUCUGAAAGAAGAGGGGGAGUGGCUUCUCCUCUUCAAUUACCUCAUCCCCUUCUCCGAGCUCCUGGACCAAUCAGGACACGCGCUGGAUUGUGAAGUGGGCGGGGCCAGAGUAAACAUUAAGACGGAACAGAUCUGUAAGUUUCUCGUGUCUCUCAGUAAAGACUUCAGUUCAUACUACAACAGAGUCCACGUGUUGGGGGAGCCGCUGCCUCAUCUCUUCAACCAAAUGUUUUGUCGUCUCUAUCUGCUGAGAGCGCUGAGGGAGCUGUACCACCGCGCCCUGGAGACCCUCAACCUGCCCCCCAUAAGGCAGCUAUAGCCUUAACACGAUCCUCACAUCCCACAUAUUUAACCAGACCGCCACCACUUGAAUCCCCAACACACACACACACACACACACACACACACACACACACACACACACACACACACACACAAGCAUACGAAUCCUAAGUGUUGUGUUUCCAGCCGGCAGACUCACCUUUCAGUGAGCCCGUGUUAAAGGUUAAAAUGAGAGUUGCCCCCCUCUCCCCCCACUGUGUUGCAUCUCCAGUUCCCUGUCUGUACCCGGACAAAUAUGAGAGUUUUAACAUUUUAAACAUUUUAAAGAAGUCAGUACCUAUAAGUGAAGUAGUUUAAGAAGAGCAUUCUAUCUCUUUUAUGGUGUCUUUUGAAUUUGAUUUGGCCCAAGUUUUGCAGUUUGGAUGCUGUUGCAGGAACUGUUUGACAUUUUAGGGUAGAUAAAAAGAGCGGCUACAACAAGCAGCUAGUGAGCUUUUGGUGUGUGCGGUUUGCUCAGUAAAGUCAUCGGUCACUAAGCCAUACUGUGCAUCAUGAAUACCACAGUAACGCAGUCCAUCAUUAGCACUAGUUGUGCUAACUAACUGGCAUAUCUACAGGACUGUCUCAGAAAAUUGUAAUAUUGUGAUAAAGUUCUUUAUUUUCUGUAAUGCAAUUAAAAAAACAAAAAUGUCAUACAUUCUGGAUUCAUUACAAAUCAACUGAAAUAUU